AUGCUCAUUCCCUCCCCUGCUGAGUCGGAAGAUAGCAAAGACGUGGCAAGAGAAUUCACUUGUGCUGCAAAAGACUGUUUAUACAUGGUCACAAUAUCGGUGAUACCGCCAAAAUUCCAUACUUGGCAGAUUGAUUUGAUGAGAGACGAAGAGAGAAUUCUUCGAAAUUUACAACUAGCAAGAAACGAAGACCCUGACAGAUUUGCCGAUUUUCCCGCGGCUUGGUUUGGUGGAUCUUCCACCGUAACAACACUGGCCCAAUACAUCGAGGAUCGUCUCAAGAAGCCUAGUGGGCAGGUUUUAAAAAUUAAGAAGCGUAAUAAGCGAUUUCGUGUUUCGUUCGGCAACGAUCUCGAUGAUAUUCUUCGGUAUUUAGGGUUCGAGGAAAGAAAGGACGAGGAUGAUGAAGAAUGUUGGUAUAUCACCGAGCCUGAACCGAUCAUCACGGGCAGCCCUACGCCAGUGAACACAAGACGAGCCCAUUUGGAGGACACUUUAGAAGAGUUGCGAUCUUUGGUCCCUGGAGCGAAUACGACCCCAGCUUGGUUGAAGCUGAUGGAUGCCUUUCCAGGCUAUGCGGCUCAUGCGGCUCGUCCUGGUGUCAGUUUAGUCUCUGCGGACGGGAUUUUGGAGGAUGACCUAGUGGAAAUAGGGUGCUUAAAGGAAUUCCCCCCUCAGUGGUUCAGUUGGGCCGCGAUUCUUCUAGCUGAUAUAUGCCCUUCCCGGCGGGAUUUAUUUCUAGACGCCGGGCUUCGUUGUAUCAGCGAACGCAAUGAAGAAGCUUCAUUAAACAUCAUUAUUUAUAGAUCCCAGUUUGACCAGAGGCCUUCACUUGACCCCGAAGUCAAAGCCGCGUUCGACUACUUCUUCGAGAACCCUACCUACACGGAAGACAAAGACACCAUCUCGAAAGCGGUUAGCGACUUACUAGAAUCCAAUUCGACUCGUCCAUUAAAACAUGAUAUUUUUCGGCACCUCGAAAUUAUCAGUAAUUAUUUAGGGGCCGACUUGCAGGGUGACGUUGCUCGAGGUGACUCUUUGGCUACUGCCGCAUCUUCAACUGGCCCGAAGAGCAGACGAAUGAGCAUCAGGUCUGCCAGUCGUCUAUUGAAAGUAGACGCGUCGUUCACUGCAGAUAUGAUCCGGGAAUUCGCUGCUAACGUAGACGAGCUGGUAGACCGAGAACGGGUCGUCGAGGCUCUUGAGGUAUUAAGCGACCUUAAAUUUCAGCAAGACCAACAUGGCGAGGCACAAAGUCUAAAAGAGGCGGCGGAUUUUCUUCGAGAAACAGGAGGUAUUGCAUCUAGACAGAAAGGUAACGCAAAUGGAGAGCCUUCGUCAAUCACAGACCCAGCGGUCUCAUUUAGUACCCCUCCAGGCUUGAAGAAUAUUGGCAACACCUGCUAUUUGAACAGUUUACUGCAGUACUUUUAUAAUGUCAAGCCUGUUCGGGAGAUGGUUCUCAAUCACGAUCAAAUUCAACUUGGGCUCGACGAUACGUCGGUCAGUAACCGAUGGACCGGUGGCAAUGGUACACGAGUUACUUUGGAGGAGGCCAUUGUAGCUCGUCAAUUCAUUGAAGAACUUAGCCGUCUGUUCUUGGAGCUACAGACUACAACAGGCGCCUCCGCUAGUCCCUCACAAAAGCUUGCCAAUACUGCACUUUCAUCUGCCAAGGAAAUUCUCACUUCGCAAGAUCAGAACCAACCGCCGCCCCUUCCAGCACGUCCUUCUCCAAUUCCACCCUCUUCCCCAAAUAAAGACCUUGACACAGUGAACGUUACCGUUGAGCCCAUUCGCGAACACCGUGACACCGCUAGCUCCGUUAGUUCACAAACACUCGUAAAUGAGAUGGAAGAUGCGGAGACCGAAACUCCGGCCAAGGAGCUUGCCAGUAACGUCACUUCUGCUGCUACUGGUCACACUAGGGAUUUAUCUCCCGAGGACAGGGCACUCUCGGAUACAGUCGAACAUAUAGAAGACGUGGUCAUGGAGGAGCCCCCAUUGCCCUUGUCUCUAGAUCAGAAGAUUUCCCAGAUCUCUGAGCGCCUUGAGCGGUCUGACAGAUCCGGCACCUCACAACAAGAUGUGGAAGAGAUUAUUGGAAACAUCUUGGAGCAUCUAAUGCGUGCAAUUCACCCUAAUGGCCCAAUGGAUGGUAAACCCAACCUCCAGGCGGACAAAAUCACUGAACUUUUCUUCACCACUAUUGUCAACUCGACAAUUAAAACAACGGCUAGAGAUGCGCCGCUCAUCGAUAUACCAUCCACAGACGAAGAUAUACUUAACGAAGAAGUUGUCCCUGAGAGGUGGAUCACUGCGUUCCCUCAUCCCAACAAGGAACUCAAAACCAAGAACACUUUAUAUGAAGCACUUGACCGAUACUUUUCUUAUGAGCUCCUCUCCGAUGGUGGUCUUGCUCGCUAUACUACCAUACGCAAACUACCCCCUAUCGUCCACAUAUGUAUUCAGCGAACGGACGCUUCGGGGGUCAAGAACAAGAACCCAGUCAUAAUACCUGAGCAACUCUAUAUGGACCGAUAUAUGGAAACGGCGCCAGGGUCCGACCUAUGGAGAACCCGUAGGCGAGUAUGGGCAAUCCAGGAACGGAUCAAGGAACUCGAUUCGAGAGCUUUAGAUUGUACUGAGACAGUUCUCGUAUCCCCGGAAGCACAGGGCUGGAAUAAAUACGCAGAUGUUCAAGCAAGAGAGAAAACCCAACCUGUAUACCAAGAUACAAUUGACCUGAAUAGCGAGCUAUGGCGGGAUAUCCCACGGGUAACUAAGCCUGCUCCUGAGACAGGUGAUCCUGGUCCAUCAAUUGAAGCAAAGCCUUCCGAAGAGACGUCGACCUCCAACGCUGAAGAUAUUGGCAACUUAAGCUUUGCUGAUGCCUUGUGGGAAGCUGGUCGAAGGAUGGAUGACGCGGAUUACGCCACGUCCAGUAUACUACGUGAAGAAGAAGCCCACGCAUUUGAUUCCAUGAAGCAACACAAAUUCCAGCUGCAUGCCAUCAUUUGUCAUGGAGGUGGUAUGAGUGCUGGACAUUAUUGGGUGUGGGUUAGAGACUUCAAAAACCAAGUCUGGUAUAAGUACAAUGACAGCCUUGUAACCAAGGAUGAAAGAGAUUCGGAACAAGUCGUGGAUGAACUUAACAAUAGUGGGGAUCCAUACUAUGUGGCCUAUGUGAGGGAUGAGCUGAAGGAUAGCCUAGUUGAAGUCCCUCAGCGAGCGCAGGCGGCAGAUGGGGAUGUUGAUAUGAUCAACGCCUCGCAGGAGCUUGAGGUGAUCGAUAGUAUCGCCGUCGACAAUCCCCCGCAGCCAGCCAAUAGUCCUGCCAACACGCCUGUUCCGGAAGCAGUCAUGGGAGAUGCGCCGCCUCUCAAGCUACAGGAAUAG